CACAUAUCCUCCACCCAAUGUUCACUUCACAACCCCACAAAUCCUCCACCCAAUGUUCACUACACAACCCCACAAAUCCUCCACCCAAUGUUCACUACACAACCCCACAAAUCCUCCACCCAAUGUUCACUACACAACCCCACAAAUCCUCCACCCAAUGUUCACUUCACAACCUCACAUAUCCUCCACCCAAUGUUCACUUCACAACCCCACAAAUCCUCCACCCAAUGUCCACUUCACAACCUCACACAUCCUCCACCCAAUGUUCACUUCACAACCCCACACAUCCUCCACCCAAUGUCCACUUCACAACCCCACACAUCCUCCACCCAAUGUUUACUACACAACCCCACAAAUCCUCCACCCAAUGUUCACUACACAACCCCACAAAUCCUCCACCCAAUGUUCACUACACAACCCCACACAUCCUCCACCCAAUGUUCACUUCACAACCUCACACAUCCUCCACCCAAUGUCCACUACACAACCCCACACAUCCUCCACCCAAUGUCCACUACACAACCCCACACAUCCUCCACCCAAUGUUCACUACACAACCCCACACAUCCUCCACCCAAUGUCCACUUCACAACCCCACACAUCCUCCACCCAAUGUCCACUUCACAACCCCACACAUCCUCCACCCAAUGUUUACUACACAACCCCACAAAUCCUCCACCCAAUGUUCACUACACAACCCCACAAAUCCUCCACCCAAUGUUCACUACACAACCCCACACAUCCUCCACCCAAUGUUCACUUCACAACCUCACACAUCCUCCACCCAAUGUCCACUACACAACCCCACACAUCCUCCACCCAAUGUCCACUACACAACCCCACCAAUCCUCCACCCAAUGUUCACUUCCCAACCCACAAAUCCUCCACCCAAUGUUCACUACACAACCUCAUACAUCCUCCACCCAAUGUCCACUACACAACCCCACACAUCCUCCACCCAAUGUUCACUACACAACCCCACACAUCCUCCACCCAAUGUCCACUUCACAACCCCACACAUCCUCCACCCAAUGUCCACUUCACAACCCCACACAUCCUCCACCCAAUGUUCACUACACAACCCCACACAUCCUCCACCAAAUGUCCACUUCACAACCUCACACAUCCUCCACCCAAUGUUCACUUCACAACCCCACACAUCCUCCACCCAAUGUCCACUUCACAACCCCACACAUCCUCCACCCAAUGUCCAUGCCAUAUAUCAGAAGGCAUCAGUAUGUUUCCCAAGUAUUAAGUAUGUUUUUGAUGAUGACACUAUUGUUUGAAGUUUGAAAAUAUUAUUCAACAGAGAGCUUUAUACUUGUAGAUAUAUCUUCUCUGUUGCCAAAAUCAAUUUCGUUUUAGGUGAAAUGUGUAUUAAAUGUUAUUGUUUUAAGAACACAUGGAGGCCUGAUAUAGUUUAAAAGAUCAAUCACAGCAUUUUUUUAUAUAUAUAUAUUAGAUUGUUAUUUUUCCUGACAAUGUGAUUUGAUUAGAUUUAAUGAAAUAAUCUUAAUCUAAAAGGGAACAGUAUUUGAAAAGUUGUCUGGAAAGUGACAUACUGGUUAUUAUAGAAUGUAUUAUUGUUUUUGAUGUUAUCCCUAGCUGGCUCGUGGUUUUUAUAAGUAUGUUAUAAAAUACAAUAUACUGUAUUGUUGUAUAUAAUAAAUUCUGUAAGUUCCUAUCAA